AUGACCAUCAACAUUCAGCCUAUUCUGGAAAACAAAAGGAUUAUACUUUACCCCUUGCAAGAGCAGGAUUUUGAAGCACUCUACCAGGCCGCUGCUGACCCUGCAAUCUGGACACAGCACCCGAACCCGGACCGUUGGAAAAAAGACGUUUUCCGGACAUUCUUUGACGGAGCAAUGAAUAGUAAAGGAGCGUUUAAAAUUGUAGAUAAGACCAGCACUAAAAUACUGGGCAGCACUCGUUUUUAUGAUUACGAUGAAAACGAAAACAGCCUGCUGAUCGGGUACACCUUUUAUGCAAAAGAAUACUGGGGCAAGGGGAUUAAUCUUUCAGUAAAAGCGUUGAUGCUCGACUAUAUCUUCCAGUUUAUUUCGCAGAUUGGCGGCAUCAGGCAGGUGAUCCAUGUAAAAGGAGCGCGGAAUGCACCGGUAAUUCUAUUCCUGCAUGGCGGCCCUGGCAGCUCAAGAAUGAAAGACGCAGAAAAAUUUACCACUGAACUGCAACAGAAAUUUACUGUAGUCCAAUGGGAUCAGCGGGAGACGGGCAAGACGCUCCAACUCAAUCAUACCAACAAGCCGAUCACCCUUUCAUUAAUGGAACGGGACACUUAUGAGCUGGUCAACUCCUUAUUGAAGCGGUUUCAUAAAGACAAAUUAUACCUCGCCGGCGAAUCAUGGGGAACCGUGCUGGGGUUUUAUAUGGCGGCCAAACAUCCGGAACUGCUGCAUGCCUACCUCGCCUUCAGCCCGGUAGUAGACCAGGUGGCCAGCGAGCAGAUGGCCCUGAAUAUGGUAAAGAACGAAGCGGUGCAAGGCGGCGAUCUCGCCGCGCAGCAUGAGCUUGGAACGGUAAAAAUUCCGUUCGAAAACGUUGAGCAGAUUUACUAUCUGCGGAAAUGGCUAUUCGUGCAUGACGGAACGCCACUACCGGAUAAGGAUACCGCAAUGAUCAAAGCCUACAUGCAAUCCUGGACAGGCACCUGGAUGAAUACCUGGAAUGCAGCCAUGCAACCCCCCGAUUAUCUGGCCGAUAUCUUUAGCGGAGGGCCAAUUUCCUGCCCUACCAACCCCGACGCAAGUUUGGAUCCGUUUAAUCCGCUGGUCAAUGCAACUAAUAAUAAUAUGGAUGCCAAGGCCUUGGGUUAUAUCUCGCCAAUGCAAAUUUCCAGAAAUAUACGAAGCGCCUUUAUCGGAGACUGUAAAAGUUAUAUUUACCCUACUGAAGCGCCCAAUGUUAAUCCAUGGAUUGUAAACAGUGAUCAGACCUGGGAUUUCGCAAUACGUAUGUACCAGGAUAUAAUCGUCAAAACCGGAACAACCCUGACCAUUAAGUGCGAAGUACAAAUGCCAUCAGGCAGCAGGAUACUGGUAGAGAAAGGGGCGAAGCUUAUUAUCGACGCAGGACGUGUUACCUCUUACCACCAAAGGAGACGUUGGAACGGCAUAGAGCUGGUAGGCAAUAGAAACCUCACCUCCACUCCGGCUAACCAGGGUUCCGUAGAGCUGAUCAACGGUGGUAUUAUAGAAAAUGCAUGGAACGGGAUACGCAAUUUUACCUGGGAUAAUGGCGCCCAGGGAGGUGGUAUCAUCAAAGCUUCCAAUGCCUAUUUUUACAAUUGCUGGAGAGUAGGUGCCGAGGCGUACAGCGAUAUACGUAACAACAGCAUCAAAAAAAUGACUUCUUACAUCGUGAAUAAUGGCAACCAGGCCUUAUUUGCCAGUGGUGUGGGUAUAUACCUCGACCGCACCAUCGGCUCUUAUGUGGCUUGCGAAAACGUGGUGGACGGUGUGCCGGGUAGUGGCAGCAGCAACAGUACUUCGCUCAACCCUGUAGGGCUCGUAGCCAACCAUACCCAUGCCGGAGGAGCUACCGUACUCGAAAACACCUUUAGCAAUAUCAAACGGGCCUUCCCGGAAAUGGCCAAGCUGAAAAGUGAUUUUGGCAUCAUUAAAGCAAAUGGGCAUGCAUUUAGUGCCGAAGGUCAAUUGCUGUUUGGUAAUAUUGUACGCCUGUAUAAUGAAGCGGAUGACGAUGCCGGUCUUAUUUCAUUCCUCGUAGCCGAAAAUGAUGAUCAUGCACGUGCCGGGCAAUCGGCCUUUGUACCCCUGGCCGAUGCGACCGACCGUAACGUGAUCCAUGUGCUUGGCGCCGGUAUAGAUGCCAUCCCUCCGCAACGGGCCACUUCCGGCGGCGUUAGUGUGCAGGUAGAUGCCGCGGUACAGCAACCCGGAUUUUACCGGCUGGCAGCAGGUGCCAGCGAUAGUGUGCUCAUCGCUAUGAACGCCAGCCGUACCGAAUCUGACCUGGAUACCUGGACGAUGAAUACGCUUAAAAAAGAAUGGGCCGAGGGGCGGAUCGUCUCUAUCUCAUCUUCAAUUGAAAACACAGACAAUGUCCCGGAAAUAGCUGUUCCCGGGCUUACCCUCAGCACUGGCUGGGUAGACUUAUUUGCCGACUAUUGUGAACCCGGUUAUGAGCAUAAGGAAACCAUCGCUUCAGGACUGGAUGCCGCCCGCGCGGGUGGCUUUACCGAUGUAUUGCUCCUCCCUAAUACCAACCCGGUUAUCGAUAGCAAAAGUGGCGUACAGGCCCUGUUGCAAAGAGUUGCCGGCCAUACCGUACGCCUGCAUCCACUAGGUGCCGUGAGCCGUGAAAUUGCCGGCAAGGCGCUGGCCGAAAUGCUGGAUAUGCGUGCACACGGAGCCAUUGCCUUUACCGAUGGCUGGCACCCCGUACAAAACAGUAGCUUACUGCUGAAAGCACUGGAAUAUGUAAAAGCGUUUAAGGGCAUCAUCCUUCAAAUGCCGGUUGAUACCAGCCUUUCGGCUGGCGGGCUGAUGCAUGAAGGGGAAAUCUCCACCCGGCUGGGUAUGCCCGGCAUCCCGGCACUGGCCGAAACCUUAAUGGUACACCGCGAUAUAGAACUGGUACGUUAUACCGGCUCCCGGCUACACAUCACCGGUAUCUCUGCGGCUGAAAGUGUAGCGAUGAUCCGCGCGGCCAAAGCAGAAGGCCUGGAUGUGACCUGCUCAGUUACACCUUAUCACCUGGCGCUGAACGAUGAAGCACUGCUGCAAUACAGCAGCCUUUAUAAAGUAACACCACCAUUACGCAGUGAGGCCGACCGCCAGGCGCUGAUAGAAGGGCUGAGUGAUGGUACCAUUGACUGCAUUGCC